UUUUAUGUAAUUUUAAGAAAGGUUAAAUUUUAAGCAACUAAUAACCCACUGUUGCUCUUAGCCCCUUGUCUUUUAUACUUUGAACUUAUUUAUAUUCUUUCGAAUAUUAUAUAAACGAAUAAAAAUGUGUUUUUCAGAUCACCACAUUCAUCUGUUAUCCGUGAAUAUUAUGCACGAAAAUGUAACAAUCUGCUUUAACUGUUGAUGUCAAACUUACAAGUACAAUGAGAAGGGCAUUCAAAGCUUAUGUAUGUUUUCCAUUAAAAGUGCCUAGAGGGAAGAAAAAAGGUUCCAUGUUUACACACACACACACACACAUUGGUUAAAGUUCAGGAAUAUGAUAUCGACCGAAGAAAAGAAGUAUCAAGAAUGGAAUAUUAUAGAAACAAGGCAAUACAGACUGUAACAGAAGACUGAGCAAGACAAUAUAAAAUGUAAGAGGAAACUGGGCAAAGCAUUAUCAGAAUCAGGAAAGAAGAGGAAGAAAGAUGAACUGGUGCAAAAGUUCAGCCAAAAAGAACAGGCCUAGAGAGAUGCAUUUAGUACUACAGAGUGUAUUUAGUACUACAACCGCUCAUUAGCAUUGUUCGUUUUGUCUCUUGGGAGCUGCUCGGAGUCGCUCCGAACGAACCCAGUGUACUUGAUGGUGUUUAGACGGAAGUCAUAUAGAAGCCAAUCGGGGAUCUUUGAGGUCACGGCGGGUCCAUUCGGGUUACAACCAACAAUAACCUUAGCACUUCAAAAAUCAAGAAACCACUGAAAAUGCAAGGAAGUGGAAGAAAAAACAUAGGUGAAGAGGACUUGAACGAUUUAAUAUGUUACGAGUGUAACAAUAAAGUACAACAAGAUACAAUUUUUUCUCACAUUUGCUUUACAGAUAUAGAAAAUGUAUAUUUUUCAGGACGAUACAUAAUGAAGAGUACAAUGCUUUGCGACAAUAAUAUUUCUCAGACUGCAGCUGAGAGUAAAAAUGAACACAAUAACACUUCAGCUGAUGAGGCUGACAAACUACCGGAUGAUAUUGAUUUAUCUUCGAAGUCUGUACUCUGGAACAGUAAAGCGAUUAAAUGCCUAUUAAGUUUGUAUCCAAAGUAUAAAAAUCUGCUUGAUAAGCGCAAAAUUGUUUCCAAAAAAAUGAUGUACGCAUGCGUUUAUAAAGAAAUGUGUAAAUACGGAUACACAUUUACAAGCAUACAAAUUGAAAAUAAAAUGAAAGCAUUCGAAAAAACAUACAAAAAAAAUUAUUAAAUAAAGGGCCAAAGAAAAGUGGAAGAGGAAGAAUGAGCCUUGAAUUUGAAAACGAACUGCAAGAUAUUUUUGGAAAAGUCCAUUCCAUAAUUCUUCCGGUACUAAUAGGAACGAAUUGUCUCGUUAUAAACAAUGCAACUCCAACAAAAGUGAUAGAUCAGCCGUCUAUAGGUCAAGAAACACCAAUGAAGGAUGUCAAUGAAACCGCAUUACCUAAAGAUGUCCCACCACUUCAGCUACAAGGUACCUGUGCAAUAGAUGAUAUAGGCGGAGGAGAAAUACAAGAGACAAACAAUAAAGAAAAUACAUUCCGUAACAAUGAUAAAGAGACACUGGUAUCUUCAAAUGGUAAAGAGACACCGGUCGAAACGAAAAUCAAAAGAACGCCAAAAAGGGAUUCUGCUAAAGAUAUCCGCACAAGGCGAGAGAAAGAGAAAGCUGUUCGACAAAAUGAGUAUUUGAAACUCAAGCGCAUCGAACUGCAACUGAAAGCCAUAAAAUAUAAAGCCAAGUACAAUAUCGACAUCGACAAUGAUGUUGAUGAAAAUGAUGAGAUAUUGUGAUAUUUUCGAACUAUUUUAUAAAAUUCGUUCUCAUAUUUUUUUAUUGUUUCAAUUUAAGAUUUUCGAUGAAAAUGUGGGAUAAACGCAAUUUAUAAUUCGAUUAAUGAUUUUAUUAUCACACACACACACAUACACACGCAAUUCGUUCCUACUUUGAG